CGAAACCCAGUACUGUUAGCUACGCGUAACCGUAAGCAUGUCUCUGCCGAUGAGCGUAUUGGUGCUGGGUCUGUGCCUAGCCACAGUCGCAUCGGACGUCUCAUUUGCAGGCCUCAACUCCCUCUACUCGCCCCCCUCUAUCAACACUGCCGGCUACCGGUGCGGGGACGGUUUCGUACGCAAGAUCGACGGCAGUUGCGUCAGACCAAUCAUUAAGAAGAGUAUAUUCCUCUUCGAUGCACCUAAAUUUAAGGUGAAGUACCAGCCACCUCCCCGUAUCCCUGCUCCUGCUAUCGACUACAACUACGUGUUCAUCAAGGCUCCUGACCCGGUGACAGCACCUCAAGCCGUCGUCGUGCCACCACCGCAGCAGAAGACUCUGGUCUACGUUUUGAAUAAGCAGUUGGGACAACAGCAACAGGAGGUCAUUGAGGUUCCGUCUGAGGUAUCAGCACCCGAGGUAUACUUCAUUAAUUACAAUGAGGGUGAGAACCCCACCUUACCAGGUGGGAUUGACCUGCAAACAGCACUUAGCCAAUCAGCGCAUGCUGGUCACAUCGUUGGCCAAAGUGGAGGAGAAAAUUUGGCCAGCAGUGGAAUACAUUUGGGAGGUACUGGCAGUAUCGUCCAUUCGAGUUCCAGUCAUGGUUUUGGAGGAGGAAGUAUUGAUCUAAGCGGUAGUACAGUUCUAAACGAAAAUUCAUUCGAUUUUAGUGGCAGCAAUGGUUUUGGAGGAAAUGCUGUCGACUUCGGAAGUGUUGUAGGCUCCGGAGGAAGUCUAGUCAGCCUAGGCGGAAGUGCAGGAUUUGGUGGAAGCCUUCUCACUACAGGGGGGAGCUCUGGAGUGACUUUUAAUCAAGGCUUAGACCUUGGAGGCCUAGGUGGAAGUGACUCACUCUCAAGCUUCGAUGACAGUUUAAGUUCAUCUUACGGUGUACCACCGAGCACUUCGAAUUUACUUUCACUAGGUCUGAGUACCGCAUACGGACCUCCUCCUUUACCCCUCGAGAACGCUGGCACAAGCCUUUUCGUCAAAGAUGUUUCCGCAUCCAGCUCGAAGGUUUAAUAUAAUUUUAAAUGUGUAAUUAAUAAUAGAGUUGGUUAUGCGUAGUUUGUAUUGUUGUUAGAUAAAUAAUGUCUUCAGCGUUACCCUUCAUUGCGCGAUUAGGUUAGGAAGCAUUUUGCACACGCAUGUGCAUCUCCCUUGUACCUGAAGAAGCGACGACCAAAUUACUUUUGAAGUUAGUGUAAAUAAUUACAUUAUCCCCUCAUGUUAAUCCAACCACAAUUCGUGCACAAAAUUAUGCGAUAUCCGAGUUUCAUAUUGCAAUAAUUUCUCAAUAUGUUGAGAAUGUGUGCAUGAGUGACGUGUUCAAAUGUGCCGUAAUAGUGAGUUAGUAUAGUGACCGAUGCUCUCGAAUUACACUUCACCUGUAAUACUGAGAUUUAUCAAAAUAAACUUGUUGUGCAUAAUAG